CGAGUUCCGGCGAAGGCGCCCGACGCCACCCGAACCUGUGGCCCGACCGCCCCGCGCCCGAAGCCAACCAGUGCUACAGCUAUUCUAGUACGCGGCCGCCACUUAACACGCGCACUCCAUACAAUGCAACUAGCUUGUAAAUCGUAAUAAAUCGUACCGCGAAACAGCCUGAGCCGUUCCGUGUGAUACUACAGUGUUCGCGCCCUGUGUUCACCCACCAAAGCUCGCGACCCGUCCUUUAGUGCCGUUAGUGCAGUGAAGUGUGUGCGUUUUCCAUUUCGACCUCGUUUACGCGUCUGUAUGAUUUAACUGGACGCCAACCCGGCUUUCUAUCGGGCACAUAGGACGGCGACGCCGAAUCGAUGAGCACUCGCUCGCCAGAAUGACAGCUCGCCCAUUGAUCGGGUUCAUUUCAACCCAAUGGUGAUUGGAUGACUAUAUCCACCCGCUCCCUAGACAAGGAUUCCUCGCCACCAAAGCAGAUCAACUUCGCGGAGCCGUUGGUCGAGUCGGUGCGCGUGUACCUGGCCAAUGAGCAGCCGUCCAAGCAGCUAGCACUGCUCCCGCGGCCGCCCAGCCCGCCGCCAGACCCAGAGCCUCGCUGCGAUGUCGACAUAGCCUCCCACACCGCGCAAGACGAAAUCAAAGGCAUCAACUUCGAGCGGCUCAAACGGAAUGACCUGAACAACAACGCGUCGCGACAGAGCGCCGAAGCAGCGCGCCCCAUCCCCGACAUGCCGAGCCAGGCCGAGCUGAUGCAGCGGCAGCCGCUGCUGGCGCGCCAAGCUAAGAAGGACGCGCCGCAGCCCGCCACGGACGAGUCCGACCCCGACCAGGAGGCGUCGCCCCAACGCACCGGGGACUUCAUUGUAGAAAUCCCCGCCGGCACCGUCCGGGAAGAACGUUACCCCAAAGAAAUAUGGAAAACUAUAAUUUCCUUCUUUUUCCUGUUUAUCUGUGUGUGUAUAAACAUGAUGUCACUCUCGCUUGUUCAUGAGCGAUUACCAGACCGAAACAAGACAGAACCAUUAAACGAUAUUGUCCUCGAGAACAUCGGGCCGGCCGACUGGGGGCUCGCAGUCUCCGAGUACCUCAUCAUGGUGUCCACGACCGUCGCCAUGUUGGUCGUCGUGUUCCAUAAACACCGGUUCAUCGUGUCACGCCGGAUGUUCUUCAUCAUCGGUCUGCUGUACCUGUACCGCUCUAUCACUAUGUUUGUGACUGUGUUACCUGUAUCCAGUAAAACCUACUUCUGCAGUCCGAAAGAAGAUAAUGUCACGUCACUCAUAAUAAUCAAGAGAAUGUUCUAUUUAAUAUCAGGAUUCGGACUGUCGAUAAAUGGCAAGCACACAUAUUGUGGUGAUUUCAUAUAUUCGGGUCACACGAUGAUCCUAGUGUUAAGUUACCUUGUUGUGGCGGAGUAUUCGCCGAAGAAACUGUGGCCGGUGCAUUGGGCGAUGUGGGGCUCGGCGCUGUUGGGAGUGUCUUUCGUGCUGCUAGCUCACGGCCAUUACACAGUGGAUGUAGUGAUCGCGUACUACAUCACGACGCGGCUGUUCUGGACGUUCCAUUCAUUGCUGGUGACACCGCACCGGGCCGGCAACGGCUACAACCACUACAUGAUCCAGCGGGAGUGGUGGUACUGGCUGUUCACGUACCUAGAAAGGAAUGUGCGCGGGCCGGUACCACGAAGGUACGACUGGCCGCUACCAUGGCCGAGGACCAAACUGUUCUCGCGGCUCAGCUAGUGACGCGCGCGCGCGCUGCCGCCGCCGGAGGACGUAUGACGCCUGUCCAUCGCUCACCUUCUGCGAAUGCCGCUUCAGUACUUGCAGCUCCUUGGGACUGGUCCGUGUGCAGAUAGCCAGCGUGAGCGUGUAGUCGAACUGAUGCACGAUCAGGUUCAAGUACACCGUCUCCUCCCAGUCUAUCUCUGGAUCUCCGAUGGGCAACUUCUUGGAAUCCUUGCGGAAAACCUCCACAUCCGUCUGAAAACAUGCAGGUGGUUUAGUGACGAGGAACGUACAGGAUUAUCAGUGAGAACUCGGGCGUCGCGUUGAGUUUCAAAUGUGAUAACAGUUAACUUAAUAAGUGAGCUCACCACCUAAUGCAAUUUACUUUAGGUUCUAAGACCUAGUGUCUGCUUUUAUUGUUGAUAGAACUAUAAGACUUUUUAUUUCAACUUGACAAAGAACAAUAAUCGAACUAUUAACAUCGCGGUUGUUAGGAUUUUUGUUUUUGUAAAUGUAUAUUUUAUAAGUGGUCAUCGAACCAUGGAUUUCGAGUUUAAGAAGCUACUAUUUAAUAGCAAAAUGUACUGUGAUUAGUGAACGAGUAGGCGGAGCGAGCGCGAUUGUGAUCGCGGACAAACUGUAGAGCGUAGUCGUCGUCCUAAGUACAUAUUGUAAGAAAAACAUAUUUUUAUAUUGUUUAAAAUAAAAGUACAUAACUGUUGUUAACACAUAAUUUUUGUAUUUCCAAAGAUUUGUCUAAUAGAAUUUUGUAACAAUCAUCCAUAUGGUGCUAAACUAGAAAUUAAAAAGAAUUUUCAUCCACUAACAUAAGUACUUAAUUGCACCAGAAGUACGCAGAACAUUCCUCGUGGUCACAACUCACUACUGUUACAAAAAUAUACAAUGUCAUGAAUAGACUAGUGCAUACAUUCGGGAGAGUAAAUGAGAGAAAUCGACACACUUUUGAUAAUAAACUUGAAAUAGAAUGUAAUAGAAACCGGCAGUCGAGGGUUCCGCUGCCUCUAAUUCAAUUACUUUAAUUAACUGAUGUCGUAUUCGCUAAUAGAUUUACUGGCAAUGCGCAACAAUUGUAGGUCGACAGUAAGUCUGAAAAUUUUUGAUAACUAUACAUUCAUCAGUGUAUUUUUUAGUGGUAACCUUUGUAUCGACCACUGAUAUUGAUAUAAUUGGCGUGGUGCUGUAAUGGGAAGUUGUUUUGUCUUCAUUGAAAUGCUAAUGUAAAUAAUGUUUAUUGCAAUAUUGUUACAAAAUCUAUUGUUAUCGCUAAAUCUGACGUAAAUGAAAAUAUAGAAGUUUUAUUACUAGACAUCUUUAUUAUUUCAAAUAAACUCUCAAAAACUAAAAAUGUUUUAGUUUCUAGAAAUUUGGAAUUUAUCAAAAUUUAAAAUAAGAUUGAGAGUUCUAAUACGAGUAGAUGUACAAAAAUAUUAGCAUUUCAACUUUGCAAGUAUCUGGAGAGACUCACCUCGUACUUGGGCAGAUAUCUGGACGAGCCCUUGACGUGGCGUUUCCUGACGAAGAAGAGGAGGUCGUCGCAGUCGAUGGCUCUCUCCUCCUGGAACAGGAAGUGCCGCACGAACAGGUCCGUCCAGUACGUCGUCCCUUGCAGCACCACGAACCCGCAAUCUGAAACAUUUCCACAUGUUCACAUCUGUUCCCACUAGUUUCUAUUGGUAAUAUAUUAAGUAUGUUCUGCGAUUCUAAGCAGGAACUUUGUCAAAUCAAAUUCAUUUUAACGUUUAAUUUGACAAAGUCUAUAAAUAUGUUUGUGUGAGGGUUGAAUUUUGUAGUAUGAACUUGACUGUAGUGUUCGAUGUUAUACGUGGAAUUCGCUUCUCAGUCUCUGUAUGUAAUGCGAAGUGCCUUUAGUGUUAAUGUGACUGGGAUGUGCUCCACUGAACUUCUUGUCUGAACAAUUUAAUGUAUUCAUAUAAUUUUAUCGUCGUUAUAUUGAUAGAGAGAGUUCUUGUUAUUAUUAUAAUUUUUAUCACUUUUUUGGGGGUCAUAUUAUACUCCGUGCGUCCGAUCUACUAGGACUUUGUGCUUUCAUUGUUGUAAGAUAAAAGUCUCUCAAAAUCAAAUCAUGUACGUAUUGAUACAAAUCAUAAAAUAGAAAAGAACUUGCAAGGUCCACAAGUUUCUGUAGAUGCGACUUCAGUCAGUAAUGUCCCAGCGUUCAGUCGCACAAAACUUCGCCACGCCACGCGCCCUAGUGCAUACAAAAUCGCAUUUUCUUGUUUGUAUAUUUAUUAAUGUAAAUGUUUAUACACACAUAAUUUAUUUGUCAAUAUUUUGAUUAUUACGUAGAUUUUAAUAUUAACUUUAAUGAACAAACCUGGUAAUAUUUACCGUUGAUUUACAAGGCAAAUCCUAGAUAUCAAAUUGUGAAAAUAAAUGUAUAUUCCUAAUAAAUGUUACGAAAUGUAUCGUUAUUAUGAAGGGUCUAGUUUUAGACAAGUACAUUUUUAAAACAAAGAGUACAUUUAUUUUUUAAAAACAAUAAGUACUGAACAAAUGUUAGUAUAGGUCCAGGUAAUUCUGAAUCUCAGAAUAUUAUGUCAGCUGUAUAUAUCGGCUUUAUGUACGAUGACGUAAUCGAAACCACAUAAUAAUCUGUAAAUUUGUGCUGUUGUAUUGAGACUAUGUUUAAUUGAUUACAUAGAGAUUAAUUUACCUGCCGAACUGGUUGGCUAAUACUAAUAUUGCCUGAAGUACGAAAUAGUCUAAAGAGCAAAUAUAAAUAGCCUUAAUUAAACAUAAGACUUGUAUCCUUUUGCUAAGCACAACGUCUUGCAAGUUAGUGUUGCCAUUAGUUAAGAGAUGCGAGGAACUGCACUAAUUAAGAUUAAUUUUUGUCAUAACAAUGCAAAUCUCAUUUACUGUGUGCGCGAACAAAUAGAACUUCUGCACGCGUCAUGACGCUCUAUUCAACAAAUUAACUUAUCAAAGCAGUUUUAUGAGGCUAAAAUGUACCUAAUUUAUUUAUUUGUCGAGUAAACAUAAUUUCCAUUUUGUCGUUAUUCACAUUCUCAAAUGUAAUGUAUCUGCCUACCUAAAAUGGUGAUACUUACAAAUAUUUUCGAGCACUCACUUGUACCAAUGUACCUACGCCUUACAUUCCUUCGAUGAUGUUUAUGAUUUAUUAUUCGAUGUCUAUAUAACCGCCAGUAAUUAUUUCCGCUCAAAUGUACUCACAAUUAUAAUGAACUUGCGAAAUAUUUUAGAUUAUAAUUCUAGUGGCUUGUCAAGUUCCCUGACCAUAAUUUUAAAGAAUAUAUAAUAUGUGUCAUAGGGAACAUGUUAAGAUACUGUAGGGCUCUCAUUCCCAAAAUGCGAAAUAAGUUUCAUUAAUAUACAUUCCUAUUUAGCGCAUGUUUCCCAAAAAAUGGAAAAAAUAACAUGUGGAUGAUAAUAGUCUAAUUUUGUCUUUACAUAGCUAUAUUGUUUUGUAACCGAUUUGGAUAACACGAAACUUAUAUAAAAUCUACUUUUGUUUUAUAUAUAUAUAUAGAAUUUUUGAUAGCUUUUAACAAGAUUGAAAUAAAAGUUCACAGAGCUAAUUUUUGUGAAUAUUCAGUUGGUUACAAAACAGCAUAUGUAAGAAUAAAUAGACAUUAGAAUACUGUAUAUUUAUAUCAAUGCUGUUGUACAUUAAAGUUCAAUAAAUGUGUUUUCUUAUUA